AUGCCGGGAGUGAAGUUACUGGUCCUGUUUUCUAGUCUAUGGGGCAGCGGCAUCGGGCUUAACAAUACACAGCAUUCUUGGACUGUACCCGAGGAUGAAAACUCCACUUCAGGUCCUCGAAGUAAAGUACCAAGUCUCCCAGGGCUGGGGGCCACUAAGACUUCAGCAGAAGCACUUGAAGCUCCUGGAACGAGACCUUCUGGAGACAGUCUUCGACAAUCAACGCUGCAGCCCUCAGAGACCAGUGCCUCUCUUGAGGGGCUGAGCAGCCAAACACUCACACCCCCAGGAAAGACAGGAGGACCGGUAGCUCCACAGUCUCCUGCCUUCCCAAGCAAAUCCAGCAUCAAGCCCAGUCCUGGAGCAGGGACCGCAGUGCUUUCUGAUGCCACACUGAAAUUCCUUCAGAGUUUUGCAGGAAAGCCUGAUCCACAGGCAAUGCAUCUCAAGUCAGCUGGAGACACUGCCAAUCGGUCUCCCAGGGGAACAUCCCUCAGCAGAGGUGACAGGAGUGGACGUCAAAGACCAGGCUACCAAAAACCAAGUUUCGAAACAACUAGAGGAAAGAAUUGGUGUGCAUAUGUCCAUACCAGGUUAUCCCCCACUGUGAUACUGGACAAUCUUGGCUCUUAUGUACCAAAUGGGAGAGGACCCUGUGGCUGGAACAGUGCAUCCUGUCCUCAAAGAUCGCAGAAGACACCCAGUGCUGUUUAUAAGAUGCAGCAUAAGAUUGUUACCUCAUUAGAAUGGAAGUGCUGUCCUGGGUACAGUGGCCCAACGUGUCAGCUCACAGCCCAAGAGCAGCAGCAACUGACACACAGAAGCCAGGCUGAAAGUCACACAGCCGUUGAUGGAGGAACAGCCGAGCAGCCCCAGCAACAUCAAGACUGUGGUGACCCAGCCGUGAUACAAAAACUGACAGAUCAAAUGAACCACCAGGCAGGUAAACUGAGUCUUCUGCAGAAGGAGGUUGACAAUGUUUCCCUGGCUGUGGGCGCUGUAAGGAAUGCAUACUUCUCUCUUGAAGAGAAAAUUGGUGAAGAAAAAGACAUGGAAUUCCGAUCUUUUCUAAAAGGUCUAAAAUCUAAAAGCAUUGAUGAUCUGGUAAAGGACAUAGUAAGAGAACAGUUUAAAGUCUUUCAGAAUGACAUGCAGGAGACAAUUGCCCAACUCUUCAAGACAGUAUCAAGUCUAUCAGAAGACCUUGAAAGUACCAGGCAAGCAAUUCUGCAAGUGAACCAGUCAGUGGUUUCAUUGACAGUCCAACAAAAGUCUGCUUUGAUGCAUGGAAACAGGCCCACUUUGAAGGACAUAGCAGAUCUGCAGACCAGCAUCUCGGAUAUAAGGCAGGAAAUGGCCUUGAAAUUCGAGAAGCCUAUUAAAGAGCUGGAGGCACAGCAGGCUUAUUUAGAAGGUGCUUUGGAACAGGAGCGCUCAAGGGACAUUCAGUACUAUGAAUCCCUCAAUAAAACUCUCUCCAAAAUGCAGGAAUCACAUGAGCAGCUUUUAUCAAUGAAACAAGUCUCACAUCAGGAGUAUGUUACCACUGAGGGAUCAGUCAGUGAUAACAUCACCUAUCAUAUCUCUGUUCUACAAGAAAAGGUAAGCAAGCAAGAUCUGAUGAUGCUGCAGAUGUUCAAUGACUUGCAUAUCCAAGAGAGCAAGAUUAGAAAUCUCACCACCCAUUUGGAGAUGGAGAAAGCAUCAGUCAGGGGAGAAUGCGAAGAAAUGCUCUCUAAAUGCAGAAAUGAUUUUAAAUUUCAACUUAAGGACACAGAAGAGAAUCUACAUAUGUUAAACCAAACGUUAGCCGAGGUUAUCUUUCCUAUGGACAACAAGGUGGAUAAAAUGAGCGAGCAGCUGAACGAUCUGACGUAUGAUAUGGAGAUUCUACAACCCUUGCUGGAGCAGAGAUCGUCCCUGACACAGCGGGUGACACACAAUGGACCAAGGGAAGCAGCAGUUUCACGGAAAGAGCUGCAGAGCCUGAUCAGUGCUGUCAAUCGCCUCAACAUUCUCAUCAAAGAACUUUCGAAAAGACACAGUUUACUCAGAAAUGAAGUACAGAGUCGUAGCGAAGCCUUUCAAAGACGCCUCAGCGAUCAUGCCUUGGACAUGGAAGACAGCCUAAAUAAGACAAUGACUGUUGUAAAUAAUGCCAUUGACUUUGUUCAAGAUAAUUAUGUGCUGAAAGAGACUUUACGUGCUUUGAAUGAUAAUCCCAAGGUUCAUGAGUGUAACCAAAAUAUGGAAGCCAUUUUGACAUUUAUUCCUCAGUUCCAGCGUCUGAACGAUUCUAUCCAGACUUUGGUCAACGACAAUCAGAAGUAUAAUUUUGUUUUGCAAGUUGCCAAAGCCCUUGCAGCUGUUCCCAAAGAUGAGAAACUAAGUCAGAUCAAUGUUCAAAAGAUUUAUCAAAUGUUCAAUGAAACCACCUCCAAAGUGAAAAAAUAUCAGCAAAACAUGAGUAAUCUGGAAGAACUUAUAUUCUCAGCCACUAAGAUUCCCAAAAAGUUUGAAGCUCAGUUGCAAGGCCUUGAAUCGAAAGUGACCAAGACACUCAUUCCUUAUUAUAGUUCAUUUAAAAAAGACAACAUGAUGUCAAGUGGCAGAGACCACACACUUCAGCUACAUGUAUUAAAUUCCAGAUUUAAGGCCUUGGAAGCAAAAUCCAUCCAUCUCUCAGCCAGUUUCUCUUUGCUUAACAAAACUGUUCAUGAGCUUCUAACAACAUGCCAUAACGCUUCUACAAGUGCAUGCAGACCAACUGCUGUUGUUCCCAUGUGGACCCAAGGCUCUCUGCCAGACAGUCAGGCACCUCAGAAAGCUCUGACAGAAUUUGUGGAAUCAAUAAUUGAAAUAAAAACUCAUGAUGCCCUAGCGAAUUUAACUUGGAAUGUUGAUAGAUUGUUGUCUGAUAGUCUAGCAAAUGUUGCCAAGUCUCAGAAGCAGGUAAAAUUGCAGAAGAAACCUAAUACACUUAAGAAGUCUGUGAAUGGGACCACUGUCCUGAUAGGCCGGGCUCAAAGAAAUACGGACAGCAUAAAGCAUCCUGCACAAGAAUAUUCCGGCUGCAGCGGAUUCCCAUGCCAGAACGGGGGCACCUGCAUCAGUGGGAUGGACAGCUUCACCUGUGCUUGCAGGCACCCUUUCACAGGUGGCAACUGCACCGUGAAGGUUGUGGAAGAAAACGCUUUAGCCCCAGAUUUUUCCAAAGGAUCUUACAGAUACGCUCCGAUGGUGGCGUUUUUCGUGUCUCAUACAUACGGAAUGACUACACCUGGCCCUAUCCUGUUUAAUAAUCUAGCUGUCAAUUAUGGGGCUUCGUAUAACCCAAGCACCGGAAAGUUCAGAAUUCCCUAUCUUGGAGUGUAUGUAUUCAAAUACACCAUAGAGUCAUUCAGUGCACACAUCUCUGGGUUUCUAGUGGUUGAUGGAAUAGACAAGCUUACAUUUGAGUCUGAAAAUCUUAACAGCGAAAUACACUGUGAUAGAGUUUUGACUGGAGAUGCCUUAUUAGAAUUAAAUUAUGGGCAGGAAGUGUGGCUGCGUCUUGUAAAAGGAACAAUUCCAGCCAAAAAUCCACCUGUGAGCACAUUUAGUGGCUACUUGUUAUAUCGUACUUAAGUCAGACUGAAAGGCUACGGAGCUGCCCAUCUUCUUAUUUUUUCUUGCAUGCACAUCUGUUCUAUUUUGAUAUUUCUACACUAAAUGAGAAAUAUCUUCUCAAAGUCUGAAUGUUUAUUUCAUAAAAUGAUUUAGAUUGCCUGGAUAUGAAGGAGUUCUUUCUCGUAAGGACAUUUCAAGACACAGAAAGCAAAAUGCAUAUGUAAGCAUAAGUGCUCUUCUGUCUUCGCUGUAAGCCAUUUCAUUGGAGAGUAAAAUGUCAGUGACACGCUAUUGCCAGACACAGGAGUCUUCCCAAGGAAACUUAAACUUUGUUAUAAUCUGUGCAUUUAAACAUAUAAAAAGCAUUUCCUAGGUAAACAAAGUUAAGUAAUUCAGACAAAAAUCCUCACACUUUUAAAUCUUUAUUUUUGCUUUACUAUGUUGAUCAGUUUUAUCUACUAAAAUUUUCAUUUGUGCUCAAAAUAAGAAAAUUGAGAUAGAAAUAUAUACUCAAGUAUACAUUUCUUGAAAUUAAAAUAUAGAGAAAUAACUGCCACAUAUUUACACCUGUUGAAAAGGAUAUGUGUAUUAAUUAUCCAUGUCUAUUUACAUAACAAUAUAAAUAAAAAUAUGAAACCUUU